ACAGGCGCACAAAGCGCGACAUGACAGCCGCCGCACACUGCGCGGGUGGAAUUAUCCGCGUGCUGGAGGCGUUUAACCACGCCAACCAAGCGCAUUGCACGCGUCCAGCAUAGCACAUCAAUAGUGCAGUACUCGUUUGAUGCUUGUCUAGCUACAAGUAGGACUUAGGAAGUGUUGCGUGUCGAACCCACUUUACACGCACUCAUCCGUUGGACCUGGCAGGUGGAGAACAUACCGCGCCGUGGUCUCAAGUGGCACGCAAGUCCGGUCUCCACUGCUGCCUGCCGCUUCAGCUCGGUAUCCAUAGGGAGAGCUCCUCAAAAAUCGAAUUCACUUUUCGUUCCGCCGUCUUGUCCACAAGUGGAUCUCUGUUGAUCGCUCGAGCGCAAGCACCAAUCGCAACUGGUUUGUCACGAUCGCAUAUUCUCGAAACUGCGUGGUGUCGAAGUUCGAGGAAGCAAGCCACUUCAGAGCCCGAUCCGAUCCUUCUCGAGAGCUCUUUGAAGUGGCAUCCGUACAUCCGUUGCUCAGCUUUGUCCUACUCGGACUCCGAGACACACCUGGACGACGACAGAAAACGGAGAGCUCCAUCCCCUUGUCCUCUCCUGCUUCUUGCUCCUGGACAGACGCAGCACCCUGACCGGACUCAACAAGCCACCGCGUUCAAAUCCAGCGCCUCCAGUCAUCCACCCGUGAACGGCGCGCAGCCAUCUGACAAGUUGGACGACAAGAACUGCAGUGUCGUAACUCACCUUUCAUUUUACGCACUCGACAACAAGUGAACCAACUGCAACAAUGGAAGCCUUUGCGUUUCCUGGCAACAUCGCCAUCGACCCGUUGGCCGAAUUGGCCACUGCAACCGCCAGAUCCGUCUCAUUACCGCCGUUGGCGCACAAACGCCAGCUUGCCGGCACCGCCAGCACGCCGGUCAAGCGUCGCAAGCUGUCGGAGCCCGUCUCAUCGCCCGGUUCACCAAUGUCGACGUCGUCCGUGGGGUCGGCACCACCGACGACUCCAUCGUCCAAGUCGGGUCCGCGUCCCAACAUGACGGCUUCAAGCAGCAUCACGCUGGGCAUGUUGCGUCCGCAUUUCGAAGAACCAUUGGCGAAGGUUGCCGCACACUUCGGAAUCUGCGUGACGCUGCUCAAGAAGAUCUGUAGACGACACGGUAUCGCGCGUUGGCCGCACCGCCAGAUCACGGGUCUUCGCAAAAGCAUCGCCUCUAUGGAGCACGCUAUCGGAUACUUUGACGGCGAUCGGCGCGAGUCGUACGCGGAGCAGUUGCUCAAGCAGAAGAAAAAGCUCGCCGCGCUGUUAGAAGACCCGACGGUGAACAACCCGCUUCUCGCUAACGAAGAGGACCAACGUGUUGAGAACACGAGACAGACCAAGGUUCCGGUGCAUGAGGUGGCACCUGCUUCGAUGACCCGUGCGUCGUCGCCUACGGGUCCGUUGCUGGUGGAAUCACCGUACUAUGGAGCAUCACCCGUUGCUACGCCAGCUCAGACGCCUCCCAUGUGGCUGCCGACACCGCACCAAGCUGAGCCUAGCUACACACAACAGUACCAGCAACUUUGUCCUCCUCCUAAGCUCGAGCAACCCAGUCCAGUGUACCCCGCAAGCUACUACAUGCCUGCGGCGAUGCCAAUCGUCAAUAACGUUUCAGCGACUGCUAUUCAGUUGCCUCCGCUACGACGAGAACCACGAGCAUUGCUGCCGCCCAUUUCGUCGCUGGUAGUUGGUAAAAGCUUCAACGCGAUGCCGGCAACGAGUUGGUGAAGGAAAGUUAGGAAAACUGAACGAAAUGUAGAGAUAUAGGAUAGGAUAGCUUGAGUAAUAUUGAACCCACGACACCCUUAUGAAUUAACAACUCUAUCGCGAUGGUGGUGACAUUUUCCAUGCAG